AUGAUUCAUGAACAGAUCUAUAGAGCAGAGAGGCAGCGGCUUGAAAAACCUAGGUCAUAUAAUCGCACUGCCUCCGAGACAGGUUACCCUCCUAUUACUAUCACAAACGUCCUUCUACCACAAACACCUCAGGCAACAGGGUCAUAUAUGUCUUUGCCGCCAGACACUACUACAACCCCCUCAGCAGACCUCCCUGGCCUUCAUAUUUCGGGACUUCUGGACGUUGCGGUAAGGGAAUAUAGUACCUGGCAGCAGUCACGAAUGAGUGAUGAGGUAUUGAAAGCCGAGGUCAAAAAGGCAUGCGAUGUAGCUCUAGACGAUGGACUAAAUCUGGCACAAAUUGAUGAAGAUAAAAGCCCAGAUUACUUCACGAAGCGAGGUGUCAAGUGGGGCAUUGCUCGGCGCUUCGUUAGUGACAUUAGGUUCUGGGCCGAGAAUGUGAUGGUUAUAUGA